AUGAUGUCAGAUGUGUAUCUUGAAAUGUUACGUUCUUUCGCACAACCUUCAUUUCAAAGUUAUUUGGAAUAGAUGGAGGGGGAACUGAAUGAUUAUAUUGACAUAUUGAGAAUUAAUUGA